GUUUGAAGUUAGCCACUAUUCGACUAUAUAACCGGACCGAAUUGUAAACAACAGUAAUUACCAGAACCAAAAUGUCAGUGAACCGCAGCAAUGUUGGGUACACUGGCAAUAUGAGGGAUUUGACGUUUCAGUCAUACCCCUGCAUUGAGGUCCAUCUGUAAACAUUCGGAAAACUCAUUCAAAGCGUUCUAUUAGCAAAUUCGUCGGAGUAGUAAGCUAACGAAGUUCUCGGAAUGGACAAACAGAUAAAGGAAAUAUGCCGUCUAUGCUUAGAUCCCAGCGAAAAGUCUAGCUGUAGUUCGAUCAAAGAUUUGGCAAUGCGGUCCAAGCUGAAAACUGUGUUCAAAUUUGAGCUUCCCGAAGAAGAAUCCUUCCCUUGUGAGAUUUGCCACGAGUGUUCGUCCAAAGUGGAUGAAUUUCACUCUUUUCAUGAAACUGUUCGGCUGAAUCAGGAUCAACUGAAAGCUGAACCCGCCGAUUUGAAUGCUCUACAAUACGUGGAAAUAAAGCAGGAACCAUCUCCAUGCGCGGCUAAACAGGAUGAUGAGUCACCAGCUUCACAAAAUGAUAUAAAGGACGAGCUAUCUGAUUCUGAGGAGGAAGAUGCCAGAAAACCUCUUCGAAGAAAGCGCAAACAGAGAGCUUCAGCAGCGAAAACGGUUACGAAGAUGAAACAAGCGCGGAGAAAUGAUCCCGAUAAGGAUAAAAACGAAAAGGUGGCUGAAGAGAACAAGAAAAUUCAAGAAUUCUUAAAUAUUAGUUGUAAAUUUUGUUCUGAAAAGUUUGAUUCGUUCGAUAGACUACAAAAGCACACCCGCAAAUCACACAAUUCCCGUGGAAGCCUUACAUGUUGCAAUCGUGUUUUCUACAAGAAGUGCAGAAUAAUCGAGCAUAUUGAUUCUCAUUUGAAUCCGAAUCAGUUCCUUUGUGGCUUGUGUAACAAAAGCUACUGCAGUCAGAAUUCUCUGGAUUUGCACAAUUUGAGAAAACAUUGCAUCAACGAGGAAAAACCAUUCAAGUGCGAAAAAUGUGGCCAAGGAUUCCCGAAGGAAUGGUUAUUGAAAGUCCAUUACACUACGCACAUUCCGGCGGAAUGUACGAUCUGUCAUAAGGUUUUGGCAAGUGCGUCUACUCUGAAAACUCACAUGGUAACCAUACACACGGGUAAUUCGAAGCACAUCUGCGACACGUGUGGACAGGAGUUCCGAACCAAGCUGGGCUUGGAACGGCACAUCAAACAGCAUAUGGGUAUCGAUCCGAUCGAACGAGUUCAGUGCCACAUUUGCAGCAAAUGGGUCAAGGGAAAGUCAUGCCUGAAGAUCCACAUAAAAACGGUGCAUAGUGAGGAAAACCAGUCGGUCACUUGCGAUGUGUGCCACCAAAUAUACCCAAAUAUGCGCGCUCUCGGUUGUCACAAACGCGGUGUCCACGCGGAGGAAAAGUUCGAGUGUGAAAUUUGUGGGAAGAAAUUCAAAAGGAGUAUCUAUUUGAAGGAACAUCGUGCUUCCCACACGGGUCAAUCGCUGUAUUCCUGUGAUGUGUGCGGAAUGAUGACCAAUUCCAAUGCGAACCUCUACUCGCACAAAAAGAGCAAACAUCCGGAGGAAUGGCUGGAGGCACGCAAAAAGGCCAUGGCGAACGCUUAUGGGUAGAUCUUAAUUUUUUUCUAAUGGCUACAGAAUAACCCAUCGAUACGCCACAUCACUUAAUCUGUUUUUCGAGCAUAACAUGCAAUCAGGUUUCUUUUACAGUGUGGACACGUCAUAUCGACACACCUUGGUUUCUGAAAACGUGUUCACCUUAGACAUAUACUACAUUGUAAUCACAAAACGUCAGAGAGAGAGAAUUUGGUUUCAUUAGUAGCGACACGCAGAAAACGUAACACGCGAAAUUCUUAGAGAAAUAAAGUUUAUUUUUAUAACAAA